UUCAAUAAUAGGAAGGAGCAUUUACCUAUUUAUAUAACAGAUUAUAUGGUGAGUCAUAAAUUAGGAGAAUUUGCACCUACUCUCAAUUUCCGGGGACAUGCUACGGAGCAUCCACCAUACCAGAUCCAUCCACAUGGGCGUGUAAACUGGAAGACAGAUGGUGCUGAUUGUGCUAAGAUUCUUUACCUAAUUCAAUCAAAGACUUCCAGGAGAUUGAUAUCUAUUAAAGGGUGUUUGAUUUCUAUUUGCCACUUCUAUGAUCUUGAAGUAACAGUCUAUUUUCUGGCUUUUAGGUGAUGCUUUUAGUGUGUUUGAUGAGAAAAUAUUAUUUCUUACCAAAAAUUAAGCUCCCGCCACUUGUUUGCAUUGAUUGCAUCCUGUAACUUAAAAAUUUCGAGUGCCUUGAAAGAUGGAAGAACAAAAUACUCAGCAUGCCCCCCCUGUUGAAACAAGCGUGGAUAUUCUUGAUGGAGGGGAUAGUGGAGCGAGUAACGUAUGUGGGGAAGCACCCUGUGUAUUUUCAGAUACUGGAAAUAACCUCAAGAAUGCCAAAGAACGUUCAACUUCAAUGCGUAAGCUCUGGAUAGCCGUGGCACUUUGUGUAGUGUUCAUGAGUGCUGAGGUAGCUGGUGGCAUCAAAGCCAAUAGUCUGGCAAUCUUGACUGAUGCUGCACAUUUGCUUUCAGAUGUUGCAGCCUUUGCUAUCUCCUUGUUUUCAUUUUGGGCAGCUGGCUGGGAAGCCACACCCCGUCAAUCUUAUGGAUUUGUUAGGAUUGAGGUUCUCGGUGCACUGGUUUCCAUACAGCUCAUCUGGUUGCUUGCAGGGAUUUUGGUUUAUGAAGCCAUUGUUAGGCUCAUCCAUGAUACAGGGGAGGUAGAUGGGUUUCUUAUGUUUCUUGUUGCUGCAUUCGGUCUUCUAGUGAAUAUCGUCAUGGCACUUGUGUUGGGACAUGAUCACGGGCAUGACCAUGAUCACAAUCAUGGGACUGGCCACAGCCAUGGAAUGACAGUUACUACUCAUCAUCGUCAUCAUGACGAGCACCCAAAAGAUGCGGGCAAUCAUCAUAAGCACUCGAAAGAUGAGCACCGUCAUGCUCAUGAAGAACAUGUUGAGCCGCUGCUGGAUAAAAAGGAAGCCAGGCAUGAAAAGAAGCAAAGGAACAUAAAUGUACAAGGAGCUUAUAUCCAUGUACUUGGGGAUUCCAUCCAGAGUAUCGGGGUCAUGAUAGGAGGUGCAAUUGUAUGGUAUAAGCCUGAGUGGAAGAUAGUUGAUGUGAUCUGCACCCUAUUCUUUUCAGUUAUAGUCUUGGGUACAACAAUCAAAAUGCUUCGGAACAUACUUGACGUCUUGAUGGAGAGCACUCCAAGAGAGAUAGAUGCAACAAAGAUUGAAAAGGGAUUGUUUGAGAUGGAGGACGUGGUGGCUAUCCACGAACUGCAUAUAUGGGCCAUUACCGUGGGCAAGAUUCUCCUGGCUUGUCAUGUGAAAAUCAGGCCUGAAGUAAAUGCAGACAUGGUGCUAGACAAUUUGAUAAACUAUAUCAGAAGUGAGUAUAGUAUCAGUCAUGUAACCAUCCAGAUAGAACGUUAGCAGAGGCAAAUUAAGGAAUUAGCUAGUUGAAUCUGGGGCCUGAUGUUUCCGAAAGUGAUGAUCUUUCAUCACAUGCACGCAUAUACUGUUCAUAGGAUAUCUUUCACCAUGUCCUUUACAAUUGUUUUUUACGCACAGAUAGAAAUUGUCAUCUUUAAUUUUGUCGCGAGUGUUGUUUGGAUUCUGGUAUUGUGAAUUUACAAUUGUGGAGUUGAUAAAUAUAGUUUCUUCAA